UGCAGAUUGCUGUUGGUCUCAUUUAUGUUUUCAUGGGAUAAUAGUUUUAGAAAGUUUGUUAGUCCGAUAACAUCUUUUUUGGUUUGUUCCUGAGAGUGGAUUUUGGUUUCAACUUUCAUAAAUGUUUCCCGGAAAACUUUUUCGGAAAAGGAUAGCCAAGGUUCUGUAUUGUUUGCAAAUAGAAAGCAGAAUAUAGAAAGCAAUUAAAUUGAUACCAAACAGGUACUUAUGUUGCUUAUUACAUGUGAAAACAUUGUGUCAGCAUACAGAUUGUCUGUUUAUACUGUUACUCGUUCAUAAGUCAAUAAAAUGAAUAAAUACCCAUAUAAACGUUCUUUCUUAUGGUAUUUUGACUACUUGCAUCUGGUAAUAAUUCAAAAAUAUGAUUAAAUACCCAUAUAAGCGUUUUUUCUUGUGGUAUUUUGACUACUUGCAAGUGAUAAUACUGCAGGUAUGCACUUGUUUUGAUAGCAAUGUAUAAAAUGUGGGAUCUUAUCAGGAGAUACAUACCACUUAUAAAAUGCAUGAAGUUGGAAUCGCGGAAAGUACUUACUAUAGCGAUUCUUUCUCACUUCCUUCUUGUCCCGGCCUUAUAUUUCACAGCCAAAUAUGGCGACCAGGGUUGGAUGAUAAUCCUUGCAUCCUUCUUGGGGUUAACUAAUGGUUACCUCACUAUCUGUGCCCUGACUUCUGUUCCAAAUCUCCAUGCCCUUUUCGGUGGAAGAAGGUCGGUGGAGACGCCCUCGCCCUCCGGGAGGGAAAAAAGGACUAUUCCAACUGAUAAGCAGGCUGAGGCCAUGGCUGGCAUCAUGAGAAGGUUCUGUGGGACUGCUGGCUAGGAAGUCAACUUGGCAAAAUCCAAGAUGUACGUGUCCCCGAAUGUGCCAAGACAAAGGGCUAGGACUUUGAGUGCCCGCGGCUCAAUUCCUUUGACAACGGACUUGGGAAGGUA